AUGUAUCAAAUUAGGGACCUUUCCUUUUUGUUGGACCACCAUGGACCGGGCCACCUGCGUGCGUCGCCCUUCCUCCAGGUGCUGGUGGAGUACACCGACGACGAGCUGCGAGAAACGCUGAAGGUGGCCACCACGGGGAAGCUCGGCAGUUCGGACGCCAUUCUGGCGAAGGGGCUCAAGUACAAAGAGGCCCAGUUCCACGGCGAGGUGGCCUUCGCUCGCCACGUGGAACGCCUGGUGCUGCCCAAGGUGGACAAAUAUAUUGAUCGUGAGGAUGACAUCAAAGCAGUGUGCUCCAAGAAUGGCUGGGAGUGGUGCUGGAUGGAGGAGGAGAAAGAACGGCGAGAAAAGCUGGAGGCGGAAGAUAAAGCUUCGGACGACAAGAUCAAUGCCUGGAGGGCCAAGCUAAAGGCCAUGGCAGAAGGCCCCAACGACGACGUGACGGUGCCCGCAGGUUUCUGCAAGAAGGGCUGUGGCAAACCGGUCGCUCCAGGGCUCACGAAGAACGGCAAUCCCUACAAGACCUGCUGUCGAGGAUGUGCCUUGGGCUUCGGCCACGAUUUGCGCUGCGGCCUCAAGGCACCACCUCGAAGGGACGGCCAUUGGACACCUGCUGUCGUGGUUGUGCCAAGGGAGGUGACCAUGACGCCAGAUGCCAUGGAGACCAUGCCCCAGACGGUCUACGAGGAUCUUUGCCCUUCGGGUUUCUACUGUGCAGAGGCGACCACCUUCGUGAACCGCUACAAGUUCCGCUGCCCCAUCGGUUUCUACUGCCCAGAGGGCACUGGAGCAAGGAAGGAUCUCAAGCGUUGGCUGCAAGAGGGCGAUGUCUUCUUCUUUAAGCGCGACUUCUAUCUGUCACAGAAGGUGGCUCAAUUCUGCCUGCGGCAGAUCAUGCGAAAUCGCUUUGAGUUCGUGGCGCUGGAGCAACAGCGCUUGGCGCGAGCCUGGAUGCCUAAGUCCUCCACGGUUUUUGGAGGGGGCGAAGGAAAUCGAUCGGGUGAAGGGGGCGAAGGAAUCGGCGGAAGAAUUCAUGGAGACUGGAGCAAUCGCUGA